AUGGUUUCUGGAAAGGAAGCAAAUGCACGCCGUGUACGGGAAUGGCGGAGACGACAACGGGAAAACCCGGAAAAACACGAAGAUUACAAAAGAAAAGAAAGAGAAAGAAACAGAAGAAGAAGAGAAAGAGGCCUUAUGCCAUCCAUCAAUGAAAUGAGUGAACGAGAUAAGAGGAUGGGGAGAAAGCGCUGGAAACUAAAUCAGCGUGAAAAAAGACAACGUGACAAACUACAAAGGAGAGCUAUUGCGACCAUACCAACACCACCAAUAUCACCAAGUAACCAAGAAACACAAAGAAACACUACCAUGAGGAGAAGGGGACGACAAAGGCCGAGACGAGACAGAGCGAAAGCUUACAGAGAUCUUUACCAAUUGAGGAUAAGUCUUAAGAAAGAAAAAACACUGCGAGAAAAGUACAAAAAAAGAUGCCAGCGACUUAAAAGGAAAGCAAUUACAGAGGAAGAAAAUGAAGUAGAUGUACAGAUAAAGAACAAAGAAGCAAAGAAAGCUUUGUUACUGUCCACGAUUAUUACCAACAGAAUCAAGCAAAGAUACGCAAAAUCAAAAUCUCAGAAAGAAAAACAGCUGAUCUCGACUUUAAUAUGUUCCUAUAGAAUCUUGAAAAAAUUUCGUCUCCUCAGUUAUCUUCAAUCGAGAACACGGAUUUCAAGACACCACUCCAUUUUGAAAUAUGGCAAGAGGAAAGCAGCAGUAAAGCCGACGGCGUUGAGGUGUAAAGUUGAAAGCUUUCUGGAAAGGGACGAUAACUCUAGGGUGAAAGCUGGAAAAAAAUCAACAAUAACUAAAAAAAGGCGAAAAGAGGCAAAUACGUUUUUUGAACGAUGA